AUGUUCAGUCGAGGCAUCUGGAGAGGUGAUGUUGGAGCUCAAGAACGCUUGGACCAAGUGAAUGUAUUCCCCACUGCGCGCUUGCUUUCCAGACCUCAUUCCUUACGGUACGCCCGCUUUCAGGACAUCGCGGUGUGCGAGAAGGUGCUGGGGGUUAGAUGGAUGUCUGCAGCAGCAGAACAUCUCCGAGAUGAGGUGGGCACCGUCAAUGCCACGAAAAAAGGUGGCAUGGCUAACGAGAAGAAGGGCACCCGCUCGCAAGUAGUCCUGUCUGGCGCCAUUGCAGGGCUCGUAUCUAGAUUCUGCAUCGCCCCCUUGGACGUCCUCAAGAUCCGCCUACAGCUGCAAUACCAUUCCCUCUCCGACCCGCUUUCCCAACGUCUCCAGAAGACACCAGCCGGCGUCGCAGUCGUAGCCCGCGACAUCAUCCGCCAUGAGGGCAUUACCGGCUUCUGGAAGGGCAACAUACCUGCCGAGGGGUUGUACUUGAGCUAUGGAGCAGUGCAGUUCCUUGCCUACCGCAGCACGACUCAGCUCAUUGAAACGCUCGCGGAGGAUCGCAACACCAAGGUGCCAGGCAUGGUAAAGAGCUUCAUUGCAGGUGCUGUAGCUGGUACUGCGGCGACAACAGCCACCUACCCGCUGGAUCUGCUCAGGACACGAUUCGCUGCGCAAGGCACAGAGAGGGUCUACGAAGGCUUGGUCGCGAGUGUCCGAGAGAUCACGCGCAAUGAAGGCUACACUGGCUUCUUCCGUGGCCUUACAGCUGGAAUCGGGCAGAUUGUGCCGUACAUGGGCCUCUUCUUCGCUUCCUACGAAAGCCUAAAAGUACCGCUGGCGGACGCACAGCUGCCAUUCGGCUCUGGCGAUGCCGUGGCUGGGGUUACUGCAAGCGUUCUUUCGAAGUCUGCAGUCUUCCCGUUGGACACUGUGCGAAAGCGACUGCAAGUGCAAGGUCCGACGAGGACCAAAUUCGUUGGUGGAACUCGAAUGCCCGUGUAUGACCGUGGGAUCUGGAGCACGAUCACCACCAUCGUUAGAAUGGAAGGCUGGAAAGGUCUUUACCGGGGCUUGGGCGUGAGCUUGAUUAAGGCUGCACCGGCAAGUGCUGUGACGAUGUGGACAUACGAGCGAGCUUUGAAGGCUUUGCGGACAUUGGACGACAAGGCUGGAGAGUUGGUUGUCAAGUGA